GCAGAUGCUUGGCAUCAGGUGAUAGUGCCUGGCAUGAAGGCAGCAAUACUGAACGCCCUGCGUAGCGCCCAGGACCAGGUGGGCUUCCGCAAGAGCAGCUUUGAGCUCUAUGGGGCUGACUUUCUCGUGGGGGAGGACUGCCAGCCCUGGCUCUUGGAGAUCAACUCCUGCCCCACCAUGAGCCCCUCCUCAGCCGUGACCCGACGACUCUGCGCCAAUGUCCAGCGGGACACGCUGCGCCUCGUGCUCGACCGCAAGGACAACCCCACCUGCUCCAUUGGAGCCUUUGAGCUCAUCUACAAGGAGGCAGCUAUGCCCAGGCCUCUGUCCGGGCGCGUGAAGCUGAUAGUCAAAGGCUGUUCCGUGAAGAAGUGCUGGUCAGCGCAGCAUCAAGCCCAGGUCAAGCCCCCCACCACUGUGCCCAGUGCCACCCAGCACCCUGUGCCCCCAAGGGCCAGAGACACCCAGGUGCCCCAGCGAGCACAGCAUCAACCCCCCACCACGGUGCCCAGUGCCCCCAGGCUCCCUGUGUCCCCAGGGAGCAAAGACACUCCUGUACCCAAGCGAGCACAGCAUCGAUCCCCCACCGCUAUGGCCAGUGCCCCCAAGCUCCCUGUGCCCCCAAGGGCCAGAGACACCCGGAUGCCACAGCAAGCACAUCAUCAACCCCCCACCACUGUGCUCAGUGCCCCCAAGCUCCCUAUGCCCCUGGGAGCCAGAGAAACCCAGGUGCCCAAGCCCAGAGCAGCAACAGAGAAGCUGCCUCCUCCGUGGCAAUGGAGCCGCCCCAGCUCUGGUCCCUCAGUGCCACCACAGCCCUGGAGCCGCUCUGCUGGGAGCCAGGGGCUGUCAUGGCUCUGUCACCCACACAGGCAGCCCCAGGCCGCUCAGCCCCUGAUCAGUGUCUGUCCCCUCAAUAGGGUGCCCAUGCCACUGCCCUGGGGAGCCCCCAGCAACCCCUGGCUAGGCCUGGGCUGUGUCCCCUCCUUCCCUCCUGCCAGGCCACCGCGCCUACCUCUGCCUGCACAAACCACUGGGACCCCCAGCCCAGAGCAGAAGCAUAUGGCAGUUCCCAAUGGGAUACAGAAGACCUGGGAUACUGAGACAUUCCCAGGAGGGGACA